GGUGCGGCAGUGUGCGCGGCCGUGUGCCAGUUCAGCAAGUGCAUGGUGCUCGGGGUGCAGCGCAGGUCGCGGCGCGGGAGGCUGUCGGAACUGGUCCGGCGCACGCGCGGGGCAGAGUCUCGCGGCGGCCGGCAGCGACGCGCCACCGGCCAGCCUCGCCACUCAGUGCACGCGCUGCCUCGCCGCCGCCAGCCUGCGUGGCCGAUCGUUCACCACGCUCCUAAACAGCUCCCGAGACCUCCGACGCACGCUCACGUCACACGCGAACUACUACUCAACAUUUACUCCCUUAUUAUUACUGAAAAAAUAACGACCCCCCGAAAACUUUGCAAAUAUUUCUAACACGUGAGUUUCGCCACCGCUGUUUCUGUUUACAUUUUCCGAAGGUGCUAUUUUUUGUAUUAUCAAGUUUCUUUAAAGUGCAUCGCGAGUGAAGUUAUUAUUUUUGACGGUGCUGGAGGAAUCGCGAUACUACAUUUUAAGGUGUUGCGCGUGUGUGGCGUGGCGCUCGAGUGUGAUGCGCGGCGGGUGGAGCACUGGUCGCCGGCGCGAGUAGCCGCGACCAUGCGGGGCCGAGCCGCCCUCGCCGCAGUCCUCAUCGUCUGCUCGAUCCUUGGCACGACCCACGCGUCCUCUGCUGUUAUCAAGGGCCAGCGUGCGCCGUGCUCCAACGAAGGCGAGCCCGUGAAGCUGCAAGACGCAAGACUGGAACAAGACUGGAGCAGCUGUUUCCGCUGUAUUUGUAAGAACGGCUUCGUGGAGUGUCGAAGCGGCGUGGACGAGUGCGGGCAGAUGGAUGACUGUGCGGUCGUGAUGCCUCGCGAGGGGUGCUGUGCGAAGUGCAAGGGCUGCUGGUACAACGGCACGGAGCACGCAUCUCAUACGGAGUGGAACGAGGAGAACAAAGUCCUGAGGUGUGAGGCUGGAGUCAUCACGAUAACGAAGCCGGAGUGCUAUGUGCCCUGUGAAAGGCCCAAACAUCAAAGGCACACGCAUUAUAAUUGUCCUGUUUGUGAUGAGUGCGUGAUAAAUGGGCAGCGCGUAUGGGAGGGUCGCGACGUGCGGAUCCCCGAGGAGCCGUGCUUGUCGUGCCGGUGCCUGCACGGUGCGCUGUCGUGCGCGAAGCGUGCGUGCCCCGUGCUCCCGUGCACGCGGCUUCAGCAGUACACCCCGCCCGGCGAGUGCUGUCCUAAGUGCUUGCAUCCCACCUCUGAGAAAAUAUUACCAAAUUCAGGUAGCACAACGAUGAAACCUUGUAUUAUUGGCAAUAAGUAUCAUGUGCACGCAUUGGACCGUCCGUUCCGUGUGGAUCCGUGCACGGAUUGCACGUGUUUGAACGGCACGGCGGUGUGCACCCGUCACACGUGUCCUGUGCUGACGUGCGGGGCCCGGGCCCUCCCCCCGCCGCCGGGCAAGUGCUGCCCCGAGUGCCCGCAGGUCGAAGAGGCGAAGGCUGCCUGUGUCAUCGGCAGGAAAACUUACCAGGAAGGAGAAACAUGGCAGCUGGAUGCCUGCAAGUCGUGCGAGUGUCACGGAGGUGAGCCGCGAUGUGCCAUGGAGCGGUGUCCGAUCCUCACCUGUCCACCGGACCAGACACUCCGUCAACUGCCUGGACAAUGCUGUCAAAAGUGUGUUGAUAUCGAUGGAAUCUGCACGGUCUUCGGAGAUCCUCAUUAUAAAACUUUUGAUGGAAAGUUCUACAGCUUUCAAGGGUCAUGCAAAUAUCAAUUGGCUUCAGAUUGUGUCAAUGGCACGUUCUCGAUCAGAAUAUCGAAUGAUGCCAGGAAUACAUCUCACUCGUCGUGGACUCGAACAGCAACACUUAGAAUAGGUGGCACUAAAAUCAACAUGGGAAAGAAGAUGAGAAUUAAAGUAAAUGGCCAUAGAGUUAUGUUGCCACAUAAAAUAGAAGGAGUAGCAGAUAUAACCCGCAGUAACGGAUCUGUUUUAUUAAAGGCUGAUAUUGGUAUACAAUUACUAUGGGACGGUGAUGGUUUUCUCGAAGUAACAGUGUCUAGUGUGUAUAAGGGAAAAUUGUGCGGUCUCUGCGGCAAUUUCAAUUCAGUAGCUAGAGACGAUAUGAAAACUCGUGAUGGUAGACUACUCAACGAUACGUGGAGGUUUGGAGCAUCAUGGCGAGUAGGAGGGACGCGAGCGUGUACGCGGCGUCAAAAGCGGCCGGGCCCGAAUAUGUACCGUCAGUCAAAGAUGAUGAAAGCUCGACGGUUGUGUCGCGGGUUUAGGAGAUAUGAAGAGUUUACUGAUUGUGGGACGAAGGUGAAUCCCCAAAAUUACCAAGAGGCUUGCGAGGUGGAUGCGCGUAGCUGUUCGGGGACGCAUUGUCACUGCGCGGCUUACCGUGCGUACGCCCGCGAGUGCGCGCGGGUGGGCGCGGAGCCGCGGAACUGGGCGCGCGUGGCGUGGUGCGAGGGCACGCCGCCGCCGUGGCUGACGCGGCGCCGCAAGGGCCCCGGCCGGGCGGCGGCGCGCAAGGACACCAGCAUCCUGGACCCCAGCGCCGUGCAGAAGCCCAACAACAGCCGCUCGCGGCCACCGCCCCCUAUACUGCACUAAUGUAUUUGUGGCGAUGCUUCUACUAGUCAAAAGCCAGUGUGGCGACGUGAGAGUAUUAUGAAUAUUUCGCAACUGGACUGUAUGUGGGUUGCGUCUGAAAGACAGCAGCCAGCUUUAAAGGGAAUGAAGAUCUAUCUACUUAAACAGUAUUCAUAAAACUAUUUGUAGUUAAGUUAACAAGAAUAUUAUAACUAAGACCACCUGUAUAGCUCACUAUUGCCUCGCCAGUUCCGACCAGCACCGUGUCGCUCAUUCCUUACAACUACAUAUAACAUGAUCAGUUGGUUCGGACUACAGUUCGCUGAAGCUCUGUAUGAAACAAUAGAACUGAUGCAAAGCUCGAUAUGUUCGUAAAGUAGUGCAUUCUAUUUGUUUGCUGGUUGUUAAUAUGUGAUAGGCAAACACUAUGUUUACAUUUAUGAAAAAUAAAUUUAGUAAUUUAUUGCAUUGUAAUACUAAUCGUUUCUGUAAAAUGUGAUAAUUAGCUUUGAAUAUUCAGGCAAGAGAGGGACGUUUGGUAAAACAUAGUUCAAAUUAAGAUCUCAUCUGUAGGUAGUUCUUUACGAAAUCUUAGAUAAAUCUAGCUAUCCGAAGCCAAGAUGCUAAAGAGAUUGUGAGAGAUAUGUAUAGAUGUACAUACAAGCACAUUAUGCAUAAACACUGUUACACUAAGGAAUAGCUGUAAUGUUUUAAUCGAAGACUCUUUGUAAAGCUUAGUUGUUAAAUACGUUACCAAUGAAUUUUAAUAUUUGACUUUGAUGUAUGUAAAAAUAAUUAUUUAGCUGAGGAAAUGUUAACUGUGUGUAUUAUGGUAUUUAUCACAAUUCGUUCAGGCGAAUGUGACAUCGAAUUUUAGUGUCUUAUACGUGCUAAGUGCCAUCAGAAGGCGGCUAAAGUCUACUAAAUUGUGAUAAUGAUAUCUGUCAAUGCCUCAUCGUCUACUUAUAUAUUACUGCAUGUGCGAAUAUCCCUUGAAAUUAUGCGCUUAAAGAUUGUAUAGCGUUUAAAUAUAUGCCAUAGCGUUCUAUAUAUAGGGUGCUUUAUUGUUCGUUUGCAGAGAAUAAGCUUUGUCUUGAUUUCAGUCCCUUGCUACACGGACUUGGAAUCGAGCCAAAAAAACAUUCUACUAAAAUCUGCUAUAGUAUAUUAUUUAUUUAGAAGAACUGUUUGUAAAAAGCCGCUAAACUCUCUCUUCAUUUUAUUAUAUUGAGUUCACCAAGACUACAAAUAACUAUUACGUACUACUUAUUUCGUAUUAUUAAGCAGGGUCUACGUUUUAUGUAGGCUUUUAAGUUAUUUAAGAGGUUUAUUUGAUAUAAUUAAUUUCGUAAGUAAAUUUUAUGUUCAGUAAAUAUGUCCAAUAUUAUUUAACGUACCUAUUUGAAUAAUUUGAGUGAAUCUUAUUCAUUUUAUUUUAAUUGAAUAUUGUAAUGUUGUGGCUACAUUAUCGGAAAACUAAUAAUCUCAAACGACUCUGAUAUUUAGUUCAAUAGUAAUAAUAUGCAAAUCGUCAUAUAUUCAGCGUACUGAAAAAACAACCAGAGUUGUAGUCUCAAUUUAUCCCACCCAAAUUUUCGCUAAGUCUUGUGAUAGGUACUUUUUAACAAAGCAUUAACCAAAUUGGAGUGAUUCGUCCUAAAAUAAAUAAACGACUGCCCAUGCUACCAGAAAGCCGUACCUAAAUUCACGCAAAUUUAUAGAAUUUCUUAGACAAUCCUCAAAUUAUGGGCUAAACAUUUUUUUGUAUGAAUCCCACAAAUGUAGCCACAGUAUAAAAGUUGCAUUUAAUUAAAAUAUGGAUUAAAAUGUUUUUUUUUCUAAAUGGUAGCAACAAAGGCCAUAAGAUAAAAAUUGUCUAUGUCAAAGAAUGUGAGAAUGUGGUAUUUAUAAAUGUGUCAUAAAAUCGUGAAUAAUCCUCGUUAUGUGCGUAUAUUUUAUACAUAUAUUGACCCAAGAUAAAUAAUAUUUUGAAUGUUAUUUAAUUAUUUGGCGAUCCUGAUUAUAUUGAAAACUAUGAACAAAGAAUUACGUAAUAAAUAAUAAUUAUUAUUGAAA